GACCUCUUGAAGAAUUAGAUGAUAAUGACAUUGUAAGAGAUGAUAUAAUCAAAAUUUUUCUCCAAUUGAAAAAUAAAAAAAUAAUUGACAGGAAAUUGAACAAACUUAAAAUUUAUGAGGAAAAUUUUAAUAGCAAUAUAACAAUUAGAAAUUCAAAACAAGAAUUUAACUUACUUGAUGAUUAG